AUGUCAAAUAUUUACUGUUUUUCUUACUGUCUGGUUACCUCCAUCCAGGCUGCAGAGGUGGAGAGGCAGCUGUCCACUCAGGUCCAUUCACUACGGGACGACUUCAGGGAGAAGAGCAUGUCCACAAGCCAGCACAUGUCUCGACUAGAGACUCUACAGGCCGAGCAAGAGCUAGAAAUCAAGAUGCUGUCGGAGAGGAAGAUGGAGCUGGAGCACCGGGUGCACGCCAUGCUGGAGGAGAACGAGCUGCUGCAGAGCACCGUCGACGACCUCCGAGAGAGGACGCUGGUGUUGGAGAGACAGUCUCACCGGAAGGACCUGCAGUUGCGGCAGAGCCAGCUGGAGCUCCAGGAGGUGCAGGUGUCCCACAGGCAGCUGACCGCUCGGCUGGAGGAGUUGACAGAGGAGCAAAGCCUCCACAGUCUCACCCCGCACCCGUCCAGCCUGCUGUGCGAGAUAGACCAGAGCAUGGAGCAGGAGGAGCAGGAGCAGGAGCGAGAGCAGCUGCGUCUUCAGUUGUGGGAGGCCUACUGUGAAGUCCGCUCGCUCUGCUCCCACCUCCGGGGGAACGACGUCACAGAUUCGGCGCUGUCCACCGAUUCUUCCAUGGACGAGUCGUCGGAGACGUCCUCAGCCAAGGAUGUGCCUACUGGGAGCCUCCACACCGGCCUGCUGGAGCUACGGAGGCUCACGCAGAACCUGCUGGACGGCAACGAGUCCACGGGCUCGCGGCGCAGUGAUGAGGAGGCUCUGGAGGAGCAGCUGAGGAAGCUAGGAGAGGAGCUGAGGGAAGUCAGAGAGCUGUACGAAACUGAGCAGGACAAAACGCGCAGCAAUGUGGAGGAUGCGCUACAGCUGCACAAUCAGAUGGCGCUGCUCUCUGUGGAGAUGUGUUCUCUGCGGGAGGACAACGAGAGGAUGAGGACCAUGGCGGAGGUCCGAGAACCAAGCGAGCAGCUGCAGACUGCUAUCAGAGACAGAGACGAUGCCAUAGCCAAGAAGAAAGCGGUGGAGAUGGAGCUGGCCAAGUGUAAGAUAGACAUCAUGUCUCUGAAUAGCCAGCUCCUGGACGCCAUCCAGCAGAAGCUCAACCUGUCGCAGCAGCUGGAGGCGUGGCAGGUGGGUCAAACGUCACAAGCGGUGUAU